AUGGUUAUCAAGUGGAAAGAUGAUCAUACUCCGUUAAUUUUGAAUUUAAUGAAAGAGCGACAGUGUUUAUGGAAUACGAAAGCAGAAGAGUAUAAAAACAAAACUUGCCGAGACAAAGCUUUAAAGGAAAUCGUAGCAGAGCUAAAUAUUGAGGAGGUAACAGUUGAAGAUGUAAAAUUAAAGAUAAAAACAAUCCGUACAAGAUACUCAUCCGAGCUGGCUAAAGUGAAUCAGUCAACAAAGAGUGGAGCAGGGCCAGAUGAUCUUUAUGUCCCAAAACUUUUUUGGUAUAAACUAGCAGAUUCCUUUCUAAAUGCAGUAUGUGUACCAAGGAGUAGCACAGCAACUACAAUCCCAAAACGUAAAAAAACGCCAACUCUGCAUACGCAAGGCGUUGAUGAUACUAAUUCAGAGGAAUGUAUAAUAGAAGUUGAGGAUACCACAUCUGCGGUCGAAUCUGUAAAUGAAAAUAUACGUGAAGUAUCUGUAAAUGAGAAUGUACGUGAAGUAUCUGCAAAGGAGAAUGUGCGUCAAGCAUCUGCAAAUGAGAAUGUAUGUAAAAGAGUCAGCGCACAGGGAGACUGGAAAACUACACGUUCAAAAAAGAGCCGCUUUUCUGAGAUUUCGGAUGUAGAAAGGGCAAUUGAUAAAUUAUCUUCAAUUUCUGCAAAUAAUUCAGCCACAGAGAGUGACAAUGAAUUUGAUCACUUUUGCAAAAGUCUGGCAGCUCAACUUAACCGAAUGCCUUUGGAUCGCGCUUUACUUUGUCAGGAAAAACUGCUAAAAGUAAUGACUGAAGAGCGAAUGUAUUUAUUCAGAUUGGAAAAAUCUAGGCAGAAUGUUUCUCAAUCUACGCCACAGUGGACCUACUCCCCCUCGCCGGAUGAUGGCAUGUCAAACUCGAUAACAUCCUAUGAAAUAAAUUUCUAUUCUGAGACUUCCACUCCCACGGCUUCACCAUUUACUCACUUGACACAUACUACUGACCUGUCGAAUUCUGUACCAAAUGCCACUCAAGAAGAAACAUAUGCAGAACAGCCAGCCGGGGAUAUAAUAUCCCAAGCCUUGUCUACUAUUGGUUAUCGGUAA